CGGGGCCGUGACGCGCCCUCCUCGUGACCCCGCUCUCGGCCUGCGCCCGCGGAAGCCGGAAGCGGCGGCUGUAGGCUGUGCAGGUUGGAGGCGUAGAGGCGGCGGUGGGCACCCUGGGGUGUGUGAGCCCGGUGAUGGAGCCGGGCCCGCCAGCCGCGCGGCGGAGGUGUUCGCUGCCGCGGUGGCUGCCGCUGGGGCUGCUGCUGUGGUCGGGGCUGGCCCUGGGCGCGCUCCCCUUCGGCAACAGUCCGCGCAGGGUCUUCAGCGACCUCCUGUCGGACCAGCAGUUGCUGGAGGUGGAGGACUUGUCUCUGUCCCUGCUGCAGGGUGGAGGGCUGGGGCCUCUGUCGCUGCCCCCGGACCUGCCGGAUCUGGAUCCCGAGUGCCGGGAGCUCCUGCUGGACUUCGCCAAUAGCAGCGCAGAGCUGACAGGGUGUCUGGUGCGCAGCGCCCGGCCUGUGCGCCUCUGUCAGACCUGCUACCCCCUCUUCCAACAGGUCGUCAGCAAGAUGGACAACAUCAGCCGAGCCGUGGGGAAUACUUCAGAGAGUCAGAGUUGUGCCAGAAGUCUCUUAAUGGCAGAUAGAAUGCAAAUAGUUGUGAUUCUCUCAGAGUUUUUUAAUACCACAUGGCAGGAGGCAAAUUGUGCCAAUUGUUUAACGAACGACAGUGAAGAAUUAUCAAACAGCACAAUAUAUUUUCUUAAUCUAUUUAAUCACACCCUGACCUGCUUUGAGCAUAACCUUCAGGGAAGUGCACAUAGUCUCUUACAGACAAAAAAUUAUUCAGAAGUAUGCAAAAACUGUCAUGAAGCUUACAAAAGUCUGAGUAGUCUGUACAGUGAAAUGCAAAAAAUGAAUGAACUUGAGAAUAAGGCUGAACCUGGAACACAUUUAUGCAUUGAUGUGGAAGAUGCAAUGAACAUCACUCGAAAACUUUGGAGUCGAACUUUCAACUGUUCAGUCCCUUGCAGCGACACAGUGCCUGUAAUUGCUGUUUCUGUGUUCAUUCUCUUUCUACCUGUUGUCUUCUACCUUAGUAGCUUUCUUCACUCGGAGCAAAAGAAACGCAAACUCAUUCUGCCCAAACGUCUCAAGUCCAGUACCAGUUUUGCAAACAUUCAAGAAAAUUCAAACUGAGCCCUACAAAAUGGAGAAUUGACAUCUCAUAUCACGUGAAUUAAUGGUGGAAGACACAGCUGGGUUUCAGAAAGAAGAUAAACUGUGAUUUGACAAGUCAAGCUCUUAAGAAAUGCAAGGACUUCAGACCCAUUUUUAAAUAAGAAUUUUCCAUUUAUCUUUCCUUUUCCACUUCUUUCUAACAGAUACUGAUAUUUUUAAUUUCCAGGCAUAGCAAUGUUAUCUAUUUUAAUGUGUGUUUGUCACAAUAACAGAAGAUGCAAGAACAAUCAUUAUUUUAUAGGCAUUUUAUUACUGUUCUAGACUUCUGGUAUCUUCUUAUUAAUAUAAGUAUCUCAAGUAGAAAAGUUUUUGAAAACUAACAUUUAAAAAUCAGUUACAGCAAAGACUUUGAAAAAGAAAUAUACUUGUCAAGAAGUAGCAGGUCCAAAGAUUAAUUACUCCCCAUUGUAGUAUUAUUGUUGUUAUAUGUAUAGUUAAUAUAUUGUACAUCACAAUAAUACAUAAUUCAGUCUCUAGUUUCCCUAGAGUAAUUUUUGAAACCACUGAUUCCAAACCUCCCUAACAAUUUUUAGAAAUGGUAAGCCACAUUACAUUUAUCUUUGUAAAAAGAUUUAUGGUAACUGGUUUCUUACUUGACUUUUAUAAGUAGUAUUUUACAUCUUAUUUUUACCUUUAUUUCAUAAGUAAUCUAAAAAUCAGUGGAUUGCUUUAUUAUAUUCAGGGCAAUAUGGAUUCUUUUUAUACCAGGGAUUUGCAUCGUGAAUUACGUUAAGUUAUUUGGCAAUUUAUAAUUUAUUACUACUUUAAAUCAAUGUAGCAUUAUCACACUGUAUUGUCAUUUUUUUAAAUGAAUACUUUCCUCUUGAGAUAUAUAGAGGAUUUUAGAGAAGAGCCAAAGGAGGGGUAAAACCAGCUUCAGGUUCAGCAAGCAGACCGGGACCUGAGAGGAUGCUCACUGUAAGACUGUUGGACAGUGGUUUCUAUUGAGGGCAUGAACGGAAUGAUGGUCUCAGACAGAAAGCAGUGACAUGAAGAUGAUCUUUAUUUUUUCUAAAUUAUUUCAAUCAGAUCCUUAUUUCUAAAUUAUUUUAAUCAGAUGAAAGUGUUACAAUUGAAAUGAAAUCACGUAUUUCAUGCUCAGAAAUUCUAUUUUGGAAUAUUUGUAUUAGCCUUUAAAAAAACACUUUGUUUCAGAAUUCUCACAAUUUUAUUUCUAAGGUUUUUAGAGUUUUUAGGUUUUUCUUCUUUUUUGGUGGAAAUAGGCUUUGUUUUAAACAUUAAGAAUAUAAAACCUCUUCUAUGUAGAAACGAGUUUUGUUAAAUAAUUCGAGAAUUUGAAUCCUUCCUAUACUAUAAAAUGCUCUACAGGGAGACAAAGUGUUUCUUUUUCUUUUAUGUUUACCGUAUAUGCAGAGUGAAAGAUAAGGCUCAUGGAUGUGUAACAUAUUCAGAAGCUGUUACACUUUCUCUGGUCUGCUGAGAGCCAUUUGAAAUGUGCCGGGGUUUGUUCCACUAUCACUCUUCAUGCUGCUGGAACUUAGCACUGUCUUGAUUUGAAGCAUGUGGUUGAGAACCAUUGGAAGCAACCUUCAUUAAUGCAGAUAAAACAGGUUUACAUGUGCCGAGUUAGAAAAUGACAUGUUCAGUUCUGUAAGUAGUGACUUUUUGAGCAUCUUUCAGUAUUAUGUAUUUGUAAAAACCAUUGUUUUUGGAUAUAAAGCUAAUAAGCACUUUAAAAAGGAAAAGGCAACCUUUACAAUUUUUUCUGGUUGAGUCAUUGCCCUUUAGACAUAGCAUCAGUAAUAGAUUUCAAAGAUGAGUAUUAAGGCCGGGUGCGGUGGCUCACACCUUUAAUCCCAGCACUGUGGGAGACCAAGGUGGGUGGAUCACCUGAGGACGGGAGUUGAAGACCAGCCUGACCAACAUGGAGAAACCCCAUCUCUACUAAAUAUACAAAAUUAGCUGGGUGUGGUGGCACAUGCUUGUAAUCCCAGCUACUCAGGAGGCUGAAGCAGAAGAUUGGCUUGCACCUGGGAGGCAGAGGUUGCAAUGAGCCGAGAUUGUGCCAUUGCACUCCAGCCUGGGCAACAAGAGCAAAACUCCUAUCUCAGAAAAAAGAAAAGUAUUAAGCACUACACUAAAGUGUGUAAAUUUUUCAUUUUGUCAUCAUAUUGAAAAAUUAUUUGCAUAGUUCUGAAUGCUGAGGGACAGCCUGUAUGUAUGCACAAGAAUAUCUUUGUUUUUUGACAAGUUAAAAUAAAGGAAAUAAGGAAACUACAA